AUGCACUCCCUCGGCGGUCUUUCACGUUCUCUUCUUCUGUGCCUAGUAGGGCUGAAGGCAGUCCUAGCCAUACCCCAUCCUGCUGACGUCGAGGCUCGCCAGGGCACCCAAGAUGCGAUCCGCGACUGUCUACUCGACGCGGUAGACGGCGACGCAAGCCAGGUGGCGUUCGACAGCCAGCCGGGCUACCAGGCGGCCAACGUGCACCCGUACAAUCUCAAUUGGCCUGUCACUCCGAUCGCCGUGACCUAUCCCCAAACCGCUGAGCAAGUGGCCGCCAUUGUACAAUGCGCGGCACAGGGUGGCUACAAAGUCCAGGCCAGAAGUGGCGGGCAUAGCUACGGAAACUAUUGCUACGGGGGCAGCAACGGCGCCAUUGUCGCCGACCUCAGCUCCCUCACGCACUUCUCCCUGGAUCCCACGACAAACCACGCAACAGCCGGCCCCGGGCUGCUUCUGCGCGACGUCGACCAGGCCCUCCACGACACCAGCAACCGCGCAAUUGCCCACGGACUCUGCCCAACUGUUGGACUCGGCGGCCACGCAACAGUCGGCGGCAUCGGCCCCGCGACGCGGAUCUGGGGACUGACCACGGACCACGUCGUGGGCGCCCAAGUCGUCCUCGCCAACGGGAGUAUUGUGCAUACGUCCGAGACGGAGGAUCCAGAUCUCUUCUUCGCCAUCCGCGGGGCAGGCGCCAGCUUCGGCAUCGUCACGUCCUUUGAAAUGCGCACGGAACCUGCGCCGGACGCGGUCAUGACGUACACCUAUACCUACGCAGCGGGCGAUGUGGAUUCUCGCGCCGAGCUCUUCAGGCAGUGGCAGGAGGUCAUGACCGACCCAUCGCUCACGCGGAAAUUCUCCUGCUCGUGCACGAUCCUCCCCUCGGGCGUGCAGCUCUCGGGGACGUUCUUCGGGAGCGAGGAGGAAUUCGCCGCGUCUGGGAUCUUACAGCGCAUCCCCGCCGCAGGAGCAUCCUCGAACGGUACGACCACUGCAGUGGUCACGGACUGGCUGGGCGCGCUGGCCAACUGGGCGAACGAGGAACUCCUUGACGCCGUGGGGGGCAACGUCCGCGCCUCCUUCCACGAGCACACCGUGCCCAUCACCGCCUCGUCGGCCAUCCCGGACCGCGGGGUGGAUGCCCUGUUCGAGUACCUGGACGCCCACGCCAAGGGCCCGAGCAGGCAUACGUGGUUCAUCCGAAUCGACCACCAGGGCGGGGCGGCGCAGGAUGUCGCUGCGGAUGCGACGGCCUUUGCACACCGCGACGUCCUCCUCUGGAUGGAGACGUAUGUGGUGAAUAUGGCCGGGCAGCCCGUGUCCGAGGAGGGCUACGAGUUUCUGGACGGGCUGAGGCAGACCCUGCGGGAGUCCGUCCCGGGGCUCGAAGACCGAACGUAUCCUGGCCAUGUGGAUCCACUGCUGGAGAAUGCGCAGGAGGCGUAUUGGGGUGCGAAUCUGCCGCGGUUGGAGCGCAUCAAGGGCCAGGUGGAUCCCGAGGAUGUUUUUCAUAACCCGCAGGGUGUGCGGCCUGCGGUCUGA